UCCCAGUCUGUGCAGAAGACUACCAUCCGAGCCAAUAUCAUGCUCGCGCUCUGGCAGUACCUGGCCCUCGCUGCCAUUCCUACAGUAUCAGCAUUCCCAUUCGGAGCUUCUCAGAAGAAGGCGUUCGACUGGGACUCGACUAAAUACCUAAUAACUUUCGGUGACUCCUACACGUAUGUACAGGGGACACACGGACAUCAAAACUAUAGCUUCAUUGGAGAUCUACAAAACUUCGAAUACGAUGCUCAGACCUUAUUGACAGACAAGAUCGUUCAGAACCAGACGGCGACGGCAGAAGGAGGGCCCAACUGGGUUGAAUACCUCACAGGCUGCGGAGUGGAAGAAGGGACCAUCUCGCCGUUCGAUUGCAAAAGACAGCUAUGGGACUUUGCGUUCGCGGGGGCUGAUAUCAGCGUCGCCUACACGCCCCUACACCACAACUACACCGUCUCGCUCGUGAACCAAAUCGCCCAAUUCACAACCUACGGCCAACCAAUACUGGCGCCACACAUCUCCAAGCCCGAGACCCUAGUAGCGAUCUGGAUCGGUAUCAACGACAUAGGCGACAGCGCCAAAUACGCAGUGGACUUCCCGACGUUCUACAACAAUUUGCAAAGCACGCUCUUCUCGUCGGUCCAGAAGAUCUACGACCAGGGUUACAGGUCAUACCUGUUCGUCAACCUGCCGCCGCUGGACCGCACGCCGGGCAACCAGGCGCGGAGCCAGCCCUUGCCUAACGCGACGCAGGUGGCGUGGUACAACGAGGCGCUGGCGCAGCACGCCGCGGCCUUCGAGCGCACCCACCGCGACACGGCCGUGCACGUCUUCGACGCCCACGGUGUCCUGACCGCCAUCCUCGACGACCCGGCCGCGUACGGCAUCGUCAACACGACCAGCUUCUGCGCCGGCUACGACCAGCCUGAUAUCGCGUACAACUACCAGGCGUACGGCUGCCCGACCCCGCUGGAGGAGUACUUCUGGUUCAACUCGGGCCAUCUGACGAGCCACGUGCAUAAGAUCCUGGCGGGCGCGCUGGAGGAACGGUUGAGGGAGUGGUCGAGAUGAAUUUCCAUGAGCGAGGGCGGACGAAUCGCAUCUGUGGUGCAGAAUAAGCCC